GUCACGGUGCCACCGGGAGAGGGGCGACAGACUGCUGCGCGUCAGGGGACACCAGUCACCAUCCGCACGGUUCAAGCGACAUCCCGCCGCGGGCAAUGACAUUGGCAGACUGAAGUGGGAAUACACGAGAAAAAACGCAAAAAUGACGGUGGACUUUGAAGAAUGUAUAAAAGAUUCACCCCGAUUCAGGGCUGGCAUUGACGAUGUGGAGACAGAUGUGGUAGAAAUUGAAGCAAAGCUCGACAAGCUGGUGAAGCUGUGCAGUGGGAUGAUUGAGGCCGGCAGGGCCUACGUCAGCGCCAACAAGCUCUUUGUUAAUGGCAUCAAAGACCUGUCCCAGCAGUGCAAGAAAGAGGAGAUGAUAUCGGAAUGCCUUGAAAAGUGUGGAGAAAGCCUUCAGGAGAUCGUCAACUACCACAUGAUUCUGUUCGACCAGGCUCAGAGGUCGAUCAAACAGCAGCUUCACACCUUCAUUAAAGAGGAUGUUCGCAAGUUCAAGGACACCAAGAAGCAGUUUGACCGAGUGCGCGAGGACAUGGAGCUAGCACAGGUGAAGAACGCACAGGCACCCAGGAACAAGGUGCACGAGGCGGAGGAGGCGACACAGGCCCUCAUCCUCAGUCGCAAAGCCUUCAGGCACCUGGCCCUGGACUAUGUGCUACAGAUUAAUGUGCUGCAGGCCAAGAAGAAGUUUGAAAUCCUGGAUGCAAUGUUGUCCUUCAUGCGAGCCCAGUACACUCUGUUCCAACAAGGCUUUAACAUCCUGGAUGAGAUUGACCCCUAUAUGAAAAAACUGGCUGCACAGCUGGAUCAGCUGGUCAUCGACUCGGCCAUGGAGAAGAGGGAACUGGAGCACAAACACGCCCUCAUCCAGCAGAGAACUCUGAUGCAGGAUUUUUCCUAUGAUGACCCCAAAUUGGAAUUCAAUGUGGAUGCACCCAAUGGUGUGGUCAUGGAGGGUUACCUCUUCAAGAGGGCCAGCAAUGCUUUCAAGACCUGGAACAGGCGGUGGUUUUCUAUACAAAACAGUCAGCUGGUUUACCAAAAGAAACUCAAGGAUUCUUUGACGGUGGUGGUUGAGGAUCUGAGGUUGUGCUCUGUCAAACCAUGUGAAGAUAAUGAGAGGAGGUUUUGCUUUGAGGUGGUUUCACCCACUAAGAGCUGCAUGCUGCAGGCUGAGUCGGAGAAGCUGCGGCAGGCUUGGAUCCAGGCAGUCCAGGCGAGCAUCGCUUCUGCCUACAAAGACAUCACCGACAACUAUUACAUUGAGCGUUUGGACCGGACAGCCUCUCCCUCCACCAGCAGCAUCGACUCUGCCAGUGAGCCCAGAGAGAGGGGGGAGAGGGCUGAUAAGGGAGUUCGGGGAGGAGGAGAAAGCCUCCUGCAGCGGGUGCAGAGCCUGCCAGGCAAUGAGCUGUGCAGCGACUGUGGUCAGACGGCGCCCUGCUGGGCCUCUAUCAACCUGGGAGUGUUGCUUUGCAUCGAGUGCUCAGGGAUCCACAGGAGUUUGGGCGUCCAUUGCUCCAAAGUGCGUUCACUGACGUUAGACUCAUGGGAGCCAGAGUUACUCAAGCUGAUGUGCGAACUGGGGAACACUGUGAUCAACCAGAUUUAUGAGGGAGGCUGUGAGGAGCUGGGAGCCAAAAAGCCUGGACCCUCCAGUUCAAGACAAGAGAAAGAGUCCUGGAUCAAGUCUAAAUAUGUGGAGAAACGCUUCCUGAAGAAGAUGAGUGGGAGUGAGGCAUUGGUGGAGGGUGAAAGGAAGUCCCGGCCCUGGACGGUGAAGAAGUGCCAGCGACACAACAGCUCUGUCCGAGCUCCCAACAAGGCCCGCAGGAAAUACCACCGCUAUGAACCUGGCAGCGCUUCACCUGCAAACCUCUCAGCCGCAGCAGCAGCAAAGUUUCGCCGGGACUCGCUGUUCUGCCCAGAUGAGCUGGACUCACUGUUUUCCUACUUUGACACUGGCUCUGGUCCUCGCAGUCUUAGCAGUGACAGUGGACUGGGAGGAAGUACUGACGGCAGCACAGAUAUCCUGGUUUUUGGCUCAGUGGUGGACAGUGUAACAGAGGAAGAGGAAGAGUCGGAGGAGUCCUCCAGUGGUGAGGUGGAGAUUGAACAGGAAGUGUCUUCGGACCCUGAAGACCCGAGGGAGCUGCACCCCGGGGCACUCCUCCACCGAUCCUCCCGUCUCCACAACCUGCCACUCAUGGCGGAGGCGCUGGCCCACGGUGCUGACGUACAUGCUGCGAGUGAGGAGGGGAAGACGCCGCUUAUUCAGGCUGUGAUCGGGGGCUCCUUGAUAGCUUGUGAGUUCUUGCUACAGAAUGGGGCGGAUGUGAAUCAGAGAGACAUGAGAGGCAGAGGCCCUCUGCAUCAUGCUACAUACCUGGGACACACUGGUCAGGUGUGUCUGUUCCUGAAGAGAGGAGCAUCGCAGACGGAGGUGGAUGAGCAGGGUCAUGAUCCUCUUAGCAUCGCUGUCCAGGCUGCCAAUGCAGACAUCGUCACCCUGUUGCGUCUAGCACGGAUGAAUGAGGAGAUGCGAGAGGCGGAAGCUCCAUUGGGUCAACCAGGUCAAUACCCCAGCAGCAGCCCCACUGAGCAGCAGUAUAGGAAGUGCAUCCAGGAAUUCAUCUGCCUCACCAUAGACGAAUGCUAGUUGUCACUUCUGUACCCGGGAGCAUAGCUCUAUUUAUAUUCCUGUUCCUCCUGACUGAGAACCUAAAAUAAUCACGUAGAAGUUGCCCCUAGACACUGAUCUCAAGGCUGUUACUUACGUAGAUCUAGGCUUACAGGCAACUUCUUCUAAGUCUGAGGAGAGCGCGACUCUGUGGGACACUACAUGUCAUAGGGAGACCCCUGAUGGACCUUUCUAACUCUACUGACAAUACAGUCACCACCUUCAUUUUCCUGCAUCACUACUAUGUUUCUGCUUGCCAAUACUUGGCGCCACCCAUGCUAUGCUAGCUACACGACACACACAGUAAAAUGACAUUUGCUAUUUGGUGUUUUGCUAACAGGGUUAUCGUCUAACUUAUCAUAACAUGGUGUUAAAUCCUGUGUGAGGGUGUGGGUUUACUGUUGCCUAACAGCUCUUACCUCUGAAGAAUCACGCUGCAUAAACCCUCUACACUUUAUAUCUAUCCAGACCAUCUGUGUGACAUCCAACUUACUCAUCUCUUCUUGACCAGAGAUGUAAAUAUUACAUAUAUAGAAGUUUAGAAACUGUGUACUGUGGCAUGAGGUGAAAAAAUGGUAUUUGUUCCAUUACUAAAAGAAAAAGAGUAACUGACAAGCUACAGUAGAGGUGGGCAGGGUAGUUUACUGUGUAUAAAGAAGGGUCAGGAAGGGAAAUUAAAUGUAAAACUGUGACAAAAAAUACUGAAGGGCUUGUGGGGAAGAGACCCUCGCCUGCUUUGUAAGAUACUUUGUGAUGUGAUGGGUGAGUGAGUGAAAAGGAGCGUAAAUGAGUGCAUGUGUUAAAGAAUACUGAGAGACAGAGUUAAAUAAUAUGAUAUGAUACAAUAUGUAAAGAAAAAAAAGAAACUGUGCACUUUUCCCAUAUACAGUAUUAUAAUUUUCUUUAUUUUCAGUUAGUUUUUACAUUGGUCUUGUCUAGUCAAGGUAUUGUCUAUCUAUUGUCUAUUUUAAUUGUGUCUUUUUUAUUUAUGUUUAUCUCCCCAGAGGACCAGUGCAAUGCAUUCUUGGAUGCAGUUUUUUUAUCUGCAUUUCUGUUAAUGAUUGUCAUUUUAAUCUAAAAGCAUUACCUGGAAUUUACGACAGAAGUCUUUAGAUGGCAUCAUGUAAUCGCGCUCAUAAAAGACGUAUAGCUUUUGUUUUCACUUUAGAAUGGCCUUAGAUUGCUAUGAGUACAUUAUUGGCUAUCAAACAUCCCACUGUUUGUUAGAUUUCGCAGGCUUGUCUAUAGAAACUGUAGGUACAAUGAAUAAAUGAUGAACUUGAAGUGAUGUAUUGGUGGAGAACUGGCUAGGUUGUAAAGGUCAUGUGCAGACAAACCAGAUUAGCAAGUCUUGCAGUGCAGUGAGGGAGUGUAAAACUGGAUUUACAUCUCACCUUCACAGAAUUCUUCUGUUCACUGCCAUUUACAGAGGAGAGGUGACUCGAGUUUUCCUGUAUAUACUCAUCCAUCUUACACUAUCUAUGGUGGGAUCAUGGAGCACAUUUCUUUCUAACAGUUUAAACACUUGCGUGGUCAAAGGACUUGUGUAUCUGGCUUCCCUCGCUGGUCAGUGCUAACAGAAUUCCCUGUAUGCUUUGCCAGAAUUGUUCUUGGGAAGUUCAAUAUUGUUUGCAUUCUGAGCAUGAUGAAAUAUUUUUCUAUUGUUUAAUCACAUUGUGCAGUGCAGUCCUGUGGAAUAAGCAUGUACCAACAUGACCCGUCUGGUGUCAGAAGUUUCUUCCUUUUUGCACCUCUGUGCCAUUCUUUCAUCCGCAGAACAACUCUGUGGUGACUUCUUCUUUUUCUGUCAACAGUAGUUUCAAUUAUUUUUUUAAUGUUGUGGUUUUAUUUUCCUCUGCCAAAGACUUUUUUAAAGGGAAAGUGUCUGACACUGUUGUAUAACAUCUAUGGUUUUUUUAAAAACUGAAAUUGUUCAGAGUAGAGAACAGCAUAGUCUUACCAUCCUUUCUGAAGUGACAGAGUGGUAGAAACACUGUUGGUGUGCUCACAUGUUCAGAAGUGGUUACAGAGAUGUGACUUAUCUGAUAGAUGCAAUAGUUCAAUGUACUGCAAGUAGAACCAGUCUAGGGGGUGAUGUGAAGCUACUGUGACCAAACUGUUAAGGGCCGUCGCCCUCGCGGAAGUAUUAAAUGUUGUGUCCAUUGUGUGUAUUGACUUAAGAGUGGUUAAAGGUGCUGUUCAAAGCAAACAUGCUGUAAAUAGUACACUUGUGUAUUUUAACUCAAUGCCAACUGCCUGCCUCUCAGCAUUCUAUCACAGAUCCUGACUGUCUGGUCUGUUUUAUGUUUGUCUUUUUAUUAUCUUCCAAAAAAACAACCUGUCAGCAAGAACUGUAACACAGUUCUGAACUACUUGGAGGCGUUCUUCUGUUUACUGACAUUUGGAUAUCUUUGGAAUACUUUCUUCCUUGUCUUUAGAAGCACUAAGGGAAAACAAACAAAAUGCAUACAAUAAAACUGAGAAAGUCUUGAUGAACUAACCCUG